AUUGUCUUUGCCUUAUCCAUUUUUUUAAUAUUACUUCUACAUGCCAAGGGAAUAUGCAGUAUAAAAGUUCUACAUGUAGAUCUUGCUGAUGUUAUGUCAUGCAUUUAUGUGCUUUAGUUUUUGUUUCGCUUUUCUUACUUUCUGUAGGCACGUGUGCUGUAGUUGUAUCAAAUUAGACAAGCUACACCCCUAAUGGCGGGUGUAUGGAGCUCAGGAAGGCUAUCUGCAACAAGCUUCAAGGCGCGUGCACACGGACAAAUUUCUUAUUUUCAGAAUAUCCAUACUGAAUAAGUAGUCUAAUUGACUUCCUUGUUGUUCGGUUAUCGAUAUGCGGAGGAUAAUGGUCUAACCUAUAGCCCAGAUCAUGUGCUAGCGACCAAUGGAGCUAAGCAAUGCAUUACACAAGCUGUUGUUGAUGUUUUCUCACGUGGUGAUGAGAUGCAGGGGCAGGGGGAGGUUUCUCUUCUAUUACUUCCAGUUUACAAAAUAUCUUUUCAGGUACAAGCCUGACAAAUUGCUUGCCAGCGACGGCUUCGCGGACCAGCUGCCGGAGAUCGCCGAGGCCACCAGGGGCAAGGAAACCGUCGUCUUCCAGUGCGCCUUCAGCCAGGAUACAGUCAUUCUGAUACUCGAUGCGUUGUACCGUGGUCGCGACUAUGCUAGGUUCUUUGUGCUCGAGACCAUCGCCAGAGUGUUGUAUUUCGGAACUGCACCUAACAUAAGCCACAAACAGGCACUCCUAGAGGUGUCAAGUACUUUGGCGAGCUGGAGAAAUGUUACUUCUAGGGCAAUGAAGUGAAGCUCUACGAACACCAUGUGGAUAAGCUUUUCGCAAUGUUUUGGCAGAAGGCGCCAAAGAUCAAGUAACAAGGCCAGCACAUGGAAGGUGACAUAUGCGCUUUUCAUUUCAAGCGCAAGGAAGAGCGCCGCCUCUCCCUCACAGUUCAUCGUCUCAAGACGCACGCCGCGAGCAGCACCUACCGCCUAUAUAUAUGAAUCAUCUAUCAUGUUUAGUUUCUGUUUAAGACUUCGUAUGCCUGCACUUUGCUGAUCCGAUGAACUGUGUCUCUCUUUUGGAGAUCACCUGCCUUUUGAAAGAUAUUCAUCUUUGAUUUCAGCUGCUGGACGUCUC